GCUGGCUCUUGGCAAUUCGUCGGCCCUCCUCACCCCGCCUCUUUCGCUUCCCCCGCCUCUCUGCUGCUGACCAAUGCUCUGCACUUUCUUUUGAGCGUUUACCCUAUCAGAGAGGUAGGGGGUGGAGUUCCGGUCGUCGGCAGUGCUUCGAGACCCAGCUCGCGUUUCUUCCCGCGCGCCUUGUGGGCUUGCCGCUGAGGAAUUAGAUGUUAAAUUAAGUAUUUCCUGUCCUCUUCUGUGUCAGGGCCCUGUAGGAAACCAUUGCAGUUGUAGAUAAGAGGUAAUGGACAGCUGGAGGAGGAUAAUAGCAGGGCGGACAGUGAUGAGAUAAAUGUGAAGGGCGAUUUUCAAGGUAGACAUUACAUGGUAUCAAAAGUGAGAUCUGAAGGAGGUGACCACCAAGGAAUACCAACCUCCAGAAAUGAAUUUUUACUACGCUUGGAUGCUACUGCUGACAUGGAGAAGAUUGAGGAACAAUUUGCUAAUCUGAACAUUAUUAAACGUUCCUCGGACACUAAGGAGCCUACUUAUUUGCUUGGCAUAGACACUUCAAAAACUGUACAAGCAGAAAAAGAAAACUUGGUUGCUGUUUUAUGUUCUAAUGGAUCAAUCAGAAUAUAUGAUAAAGAAAGGUUAUACAUACUACGGGAAUUUAGUGGUUAUCCUGGACUUCUUAAUGGAGUCAAAUUUGCAAAUUCUUGUGACAGUGUGUAUUCAUCAUGUACUGAUGGCACUGUAAAAUGUUGGGAUGCUCGAUUAGCCAGUGAAAAACCUGUCCAGCUGUUCAAGGGUUACCCUUCCAAUAUUUUUAUUAGUUUUGAUAUCAGCUGUAAUGAUCAUGUCAUUUGUGCUGGUACAGAAAAAGUUGAUGAUGAUGCAUUGUUGGUAUUUUGGGAUGCAAGAAUUAAUUCUCAGGAUUUGUCUACCACUAAAGACCCACUUGGAGCGUAUUCCGAGACUCAUAGUGAUGAUGUCACUCAAGUGUGCUUCCAUCCCAACAAUCCCAACAUGGUAGUCUCGGGUUCAACUGAUGGCCUGGUAAAUGUGUUUGAUAUUAGUGUUGAUAAUGAAGCAGAUGCACUGAUCACAACCUGUAACUCCGUCUCAUCAGUAAGCUGUAUUGGCUGGUCUGGGAAGGAUUAUAAACAGAUUUACUGCAUGACACAUGAUGAAGGAUUUUGUUGGUGGGAUCUUAAUCAUCUGGACACUGAUGAACCAAUUACAUGUUUGAACAUCCAGGAUGUCAGAGAAGUAGUUACUCUGAAAGAAGGUAUUUUGGACUAUUUAAUUGGGGGCCUAUAUCACGAAAAAAUGGACAGAUUGUUUGUUGUUGGAGGAACAAACACAGGAAUGAUUCACUUGAUGAGCUGCACUGUAUCAGGAUUGAUCCACGUGACCAGCCUUCACGGAGGGCAUGCUGCUACAGUCCGUUCUUUCUCUUGGAAUGUGCAGGAUGAUUCUUUGCUAACCGGAGGAGAAGAUGCGCAGUUGUUACUUUGGAAACCUGGAGCAAUAGAGAAGACAUUUACAAAGAAAGACAGCAUGAAAAUAGCAUCCUCUGUGUCCCAGCGAGUUCGAGUUCACAGUAAUGAUUUGUACAAGAGAAGGAAAAAGCAAUGAUGUUAUGCUGGGAGUUAAUUGAGAGGUUUUCUAGUUUCAAGUAAUUAUUUUUGUGUACUACCUGUGAUAGGUUUAAAGCCAAUAUGUAAAAACAAGCCAGUUAGGAAACAAUCCUGGAAAAAUGUUGAAAAUGGUUUAAUUCAGGUCUUCAUGUAUUCUAAAAUUAUUUUUUUUUUAAAGCUGCCAGUUGAGUAUAUAAUCAGUGAGUUGAAAGUAAAAUUACAUUCCUCAUUUUUAAAACCCAUCUGUUGAGUUAGUAAAUGUUGGGUUUAAAGAAAUAGCUUUGAUAAGGACUUUUCAGAAGUAGAUGGCUGGUAUGACUUUAAAAAAUCAGGUCGUUUGAGCUAUGUUUUUUAAGUUCAGUUUUUUUAGGUUUUAAAUCAUCUUCAUUAUUUAUAAAACCAAAUCAGACUGUUUUCUGUAGGAGCUCCCACUUGCUUAAUACACAUAGAUUAUGUUGGAGUAUUUAAAUGUAAAUAUUCUAAUGAUUCUAAAUAGAACGGAAGUUUUUUAGAAAUAAAAUGAUUUGCAUCUAUUUAAGAAAAA